GUUGCCGGAAGAAGUGGCGAAGUUACUUUUGAGGGGACUCGAGUAGCGGCGGUGUGUCAGGGGCUCCAGAGGAGGAGGACGAGAAGCAGAGCGAGGGGACGGAGGCAGGUGCACCCCAGAGCCGGGGGCCGCGGGAGGACCCGCACGCGGGGCUUCUCGGCGUUCCCCGCGCUGCUGUGCCCGGCCCUCUUCUCUCCUUCCCUUCCCUCCUCUCCGUAACUCGCGCUUCCCUCGGCUGUUUCCAGGGCAACGGGAGUAGAAGACCCGACGAGAGGCUGUCCUCGAGACCCCCACGCGCAGCCAUGAGCCCCGCCCCCCACUGGUGCUCGGAGAGGGGCGGGACCUGGAGCGAGGCUGCUCCGUGACCCCCACCAUGUCCUCCCCCACCACGAGUUCUCUGGACACCCCCCCGCCUGGAAAUGGCCCCCCUCAGCCCGGCACCCCCUCUUCUUCACCCACUGUAAAAGAGGAGGGUCCUGAGUCGUGGCCCAGGGGUCCUGACCCGGAUGAGACCGGCUCAGCCAGUGCUCUCACGGCCUGUCUCCCCACCCCAGUCAUCCCGGACCCCGAGGAGGAGCCGGAGCGCAAGCGGAAGAAGGGCCCGGCUCCGAAGAUGCUGGGCCAUGAGCUUUGCCGCGUGUGCGGGGACACGGCCUCUGGCUUCCACUACAACGUGCUCAGCUGCGAAGGCUGCAAGGGCUUCUUCCGGCGCAGCGUGGUCCGCGGCGGGGCCGGGCGCUACGCCUGCCGGGGCAGCGGAACCUGCCAGAUGGACGCCUUCAUGCGGCGCAAGUGUCAGCAGUGCCGGCUGCGCAAGUGCAAGGAGGCCGGGAUGAGGGAGCAGUGCGUCCUCUCCGAAGAACAGAUCCGGAAGAAGAAGAUUCAGAAGCAGCAGCAGCAGACACAGUCGCCCGGUGGGCCGGCAGGCGGCAGCAGCUCAGCCUCUGGGCCCGGGGCGUCCCCCGGAGGACCCGAGGCCUGCGGCCAGGGCCCGGGGGACGGCGAGAGCAUCCAGUUGACCGCUGCUCAAGAACUCAUGAUCCAGCAGUUGGUGGCGGCCCAGCUGCAGUGCAACAAGCGCUCCUUCUCUGACCAGCCCAAAGUCACGCCCUGGCCCCUGGGCGCAGACCCCCAGUCCCGAGAUGCCCGCCAGCAGCGCUUCGCCCACUUCACAGAGCUGGCCAUCAUUUCAGUCCAGGAGAUUGUGGACUUCGCCAAGCAGGUGCCUGGCUUCCUGCAGCUGGGCCGCGAGGACCAGAUCGCCCUCCUGAAGGCGUCCACCAUCGAGAUCAUGCUGCUGGAGACGGCCAGACGCUACAACCAUGAGACAGAGUGUAUCACCUUCCUGAAGGACUUCACCUACAGCAAGGAUGACUUCUACCGUGCGGGCCUGCAGGUGGAGUUCAUCAACCCCAUCUUCGAGUUCUCGCGGGCCAUGCGGCGGUUGGGCCUGGACGACGCCGAGUAUGCCCUGCUCAUUGCCAUCAACAUCUUCUCGGCGGAUCGGCCCAACGUGCAGGAGCCCGGCCGUGUGGAGGCCCUGCAGCAGCCCUAUGUGGAGGCCCUGCUGUCCUAUACGCGCAUCAAGAGGCCACAGGACCAGCUGCGCUUCCCACGCAUGCUCAUGAAGCUUGUGAGCCUGCGUACGCUGAGCUCCGUGCACUCGGAGCAGGUCUUCGCCCUACGGCUCCAGGACAAGAAGUUGCCGCCUCUGCUCUCUGAGAUCUGGGACGUCCAUGAGUGAGGGGCCAGCCACCCAGCCCUGCAGCCUUGCCUGAUCACUCUCCAGCACACAGACCCUGCCACCUCUUCCUCUUCCUGGGGUGGGAGGGACCCGGCUGGGGCUGUGGCAUGGAGCCCCGGCUGGCCCCCAGCCCUCCAGAUGAGUGCCGGUCAGGGUCCAGGAGUCUCCCUCCCAGCCCACCGAGUCUUCCAGAAGGGGUGGAAGGGUCACAGGUUCCAACCUCUGGCCGCUCCCAGCUGCCCUCCCCGCCAGCUUCCACCUCAAGCCCUCCUAGUGGUGCACCUUGAACAGAGGAGGGGAGGGCCCGUGGCUCUCCCCCACAGCCAGAGAGACUAUAGGCCCCCCCCCGCUCCUUUUAUUUAAUAAACACUAAAAACAAAAACA